UUGAGUCGGUCUCGCUCCGGAGUGUUGCCGGCAACAAACGUAAAGUUAAUCUCGCAGAGGUGUUUUGCGAGCGCGUAAAUAUAGCUUGCGAACGCACCCGAACGAGGCGCAUGUGGAGGAAAACAACGGCUUGGAUGACAUUUUUUUGCCGAAAGAUUUGAGUCGCUGCGCGAGUUUCAGAGGACUGUUCGUCUCCGCUCAUGCAGCGGGACUGUGGCAGGACAGCCUGCUUAAAUAACGUGAUUGGAAACGGAAAGUGUCUGCCUGGUCUUACAUGCGUCUACUUGGAAAUAGUCUGGUUUCUCUGCCGCUUUAAAGGAUCAGAACACUUCCCUGUGAGAGAGACGUCUGGGGGUUAGCAGAUUAUUCGUCUUCCAGCACAUUGGACGGGAAGGACACUUAUCAUACCGUGGGUACAUCUUUGCUUUGGCAUAUUCGGAUGUUCAGCAUUGUACUGAAUAACGACAGUUCGUGGUGCCUCAUGAUGAACGUGCAUGCAGUGGCUUUCCUUGUUUUACCUGGAGGAAGUGCAAGUUAAAACAACAAGGCAACAUUUUUUUUUUUUUUGGAAAAAGGGCUAACAGCACCUAGUUUACCUGCCUUGGAGGAGCACUACAUGAAAGAACACUGACAAGACAAUGCCCUCCUCUGCCAAGCUGAGCCUCCUCUGCCUGCUUGUUGCCUUUGCGGCGGGGGGCUGCGUGGCUAUCAGCUCCAUAGACCCGGACCGUCCCGGGGAAGGGAGAUGCCAGCACAUCCAGAUCCCCCUGUGCAAGGACAUCGGCUACAACAUGACCAGGAUGCCUAACCUCAUGGGCCACGAGGACCAGGGGGAGGCGGCCAUCAAGCUGCACGAGUUCGCCCCACUGAUCGAGUUCGGCUGCCAUAGCCACCUGAAGUUCUUUCUGUGCUCGCUGUACGCGCCCAUGUGCACGGAGCAGGUGUCAGCGCCCAUCCCGGCCUGCAAGGUGAUGUGUGAGCAGGCCAGGCUCAAGUGCUCGCCCAUCAUGGAGCAGUUCAGCUUCCGCUGGCCCGACUCGCUGGACUGCUCCAGGCUCCCCAACAAGAACGACCCGAAGCACCUGUGCAUGGAGGCCCCCAACAACGAGACGGACGACCCCCCGAAGGGGGCGCACACCCAGCCGCCGGACUUCAGGCCCCAGCGGCCCAACGGCGGGCAGGAGUUCCAGAUCAAGGACAGCGGCAACCGGGAGGCCUGCAGCAACCCGGGGAAGUUCCACUACGUGCACAAGAGCGAGUCGUGCGCCCCCAGGUGCCACGGCAAGGUGGACGUGUUCUGGAGCCAGGGCGACAAGCAGUUCUCGCUCAUCUGGAUCGCCAUCUGGUCCAUCCUCUGCUUCGUCUCCAGCGCCUUCACUGUCCUCACCUUCCUCAUCGACCCGCAGCGUUUCAAAUAUCCGGAGAGGCCCAUCAUCUUCCUGUCCAUGUCCUACUGCGUCUACUCCGUGGGGUACCUCAUCCGCCUGUUCGUCGGGGCGGAGAAGAUCGCCUGCGACAGGGACAACGGGGUUGAUUACAUCAUCCAGGAGGGGCUGGAGAGCACGGGCUGCACCAUCGUCUUCCUCAUCCUCUACUACUUCGGCAUGGCCAGCUCCCUGUGGUGGGUCAUCCUCACACUCACCUGGUUCCUGGCAGCGGGGAAGAAGUGGGGCCACGAGGCCAUUGAAGCCAACAGCAGCUAUUUCCACCUGGCGGCCUGGGCCAUACCCGCCAUUAAGACCAUCAUGAUCCUGGUGAUGAGGAAGGUGGCCGGGGACGAGCUGACGGGGGUCUGCUACGUGGGCAGCAUGGACGUCAAGGCCCUGACGGGCUUCGUGCUCAUCCCCCUCUCCUGCUACCUCAUCAUCGGGACCUCCUUCCUCCUGUCGGGCUUUGUGGCGCUCUUCCACAUCCGGAAGAUCAUGAAGACCGAGGGGGAGAACACGGACAAGCUGGAGAAGCUGAUGGUGCGGAUCGGCGUCUUCUCCGUCCUUUACACCGUGCCCGCCACCUGCGUCAUUGCCUGCUAUUUCUACGAGAGGCUCAACAUGGAUUACUGGAAGGUGGUGGCCGGGGAGCUGAAAUGCAGGGACAGCACUGGCGGCGGUCAGGACUCUGAGGAGUGCCUCAUGGCCAGCUCCAUCCCGGCCGUGGAGAUCUUCAUGGUCAAGAUCUUCAUGCUGCUGGUGGUGGGCAUCACCAGUGGCAUGUGGAUCUGGACUUCCAAGACCCUUCAGUCCUGGCAGAAUGUUUUCAGCAGAAAGCUGAAGAAGAGGGCGAGGAGAAAGCCCGCCAGUGUCUUCACCAGCAGCGGACCUUGCCUCAAGCCUCACCCUCCGCUCAAAGGGCACAACACCAAGUAUGAACCCACUGGGCCCCCUCCUACCUGUGUUUGAGCCGUUUCUCUUGAACACACAGCUCGAAUCACAGCUAUAUUAGUCUCUCAACUUUAAACUCUGACUUUGAUCAAAUUUGGUAAUUACAGUG